UUUAAAGUAUAGUCAUCAUGGCCUUUUUUUGUCGUUGCCGUUGACCGCGGCGAUAGAAAUAAAUCUAUCGUCGCCAACAGUCAUCGAGCAAACUUCGUCGUUUGCUUUGGUUGUGCGCGUUCUCAUAUAAAUCAGUGCUGUGGAGUGGAAGCGCGCUCUGCUUACCACUACACUACAGCGGCCACAGAAUGCGGCAUAUUUUAAAUAAAAAAUUAACGAAAAAGAUUUAUGAUGGAAAACAUUUUGAAUAUUGUGAAAAAGUAAAGUACGAACACUUCUGUGAGUGACUGUAUGUAUUAUAUCAACCAAUUGCAGUCGCCCAGUCGAUCCCGUUGUGCCAGUGCAUAUUUAGUACGUUUAAAGUUUUUUGUAGAUAUUGAGUGUAAUCGUGUAGAAAUUGAAAUCAGGUGCCGUGUUUUUGGAUCUGAUUAUCUGAUAAAUUUUUCGCUGUAUGUACAAUUAUUUGUGCAGGAAGUAGAAAAUGGGCAACAAUCAAACGACCGGGCAGAGGCCGCCGGAUCCGCCGCCGAAUCAGCAGAACAAUGUGUUGGGUUCUUCAGUGGCACAAAAGUUGUAAAGCAAAAUUUCAUUUACGGUUAGUUUAGACGCCAUGUUGAAUUUUUCAAAAGGCAACACUGUUUUCAAAGUGGGACAUCUAUGCGAUCAUUUUAAGACCUUAAUCUUUGUAAUUCGUCCUAUAGAAUUUGGCCAUCGUACUGUACCGGUUGACGUGUAUUUAAUCAUCUUUUUACAAAAUAUGCAAAAUAAGCCUGCAAGUCGCAAAAAAAAAACAAAAAAAAAAUUGUAUUCAAGAUGGCGGAAUGUUCCCAUAUGAAAAUUAGGGUCAAGACUGGAUCCAUGAUCUACGUGUCAAAUAGAGGUAAACUGUAUCAAAAGUUACCUACUACAACAGGGCUGCUCAAAAUUUGUAUAUUGAAGUGAAAUCACAAUACAUCUACAAAAUUUAUGUGUACACUGAGAUUUUUUUUUGAUGAAGCAAAAAAGUCCAAGUUUAUU